AUGUCGCACAAACGUAGACAUUUUUAUUAUAUUGUUGAAAGACUUGUACAAUUUGAAAGUAUUCUUAGUACAAAAGAUUUAAAUGAGGAUCAUAUUAUAGAUCUAUACAAGUUUCGACAUCUAUGUUUUCGUGGGAUUCCUGAUGAGCCUGGUAUCAGACAAAAAAGUUGGAAGAUAUUAUUAGGUUAUUUGCCAACUGACAAAAGGAAAUGGCAUAAAACACUUGAUGAAAAUAGAGAAACUUAUUACCCAUUAAAUUCAGCGCCAAAUUCAAAAUGGGCAGAAUAUUUUGCGGACAAUGUAAUAUUAGAGCAAAUAGAUAAUGAUGUAAGACGGACAUUACCAGAUCUUGCAUUUUUUCAUUUACCAGUACCGCAUAGUUCACUAUGUCCACUAAAUUUGACAAAUGACGAUGAUAUGAGCAAUUAUAGUGAUUCCACUGUGAUGACACCAAAUUCUGAAUUAGAUGCUGAGGUUGCUGCUUUAGAAGCUCAAUUAACCAUAAUAGCCGUUAUAAGAGGGGGAGGAGGGUCUGAUGGGUCAUGUGAUGAUGGAGAGAUAGAUUUACACUGGGAAGCGAUAGAAAGAAUCUUAUUUAUCUAUGCAAAGUUAAAUCCUGGCGUUGGAUACGUACAAGGAAUGAAUAAGAUACUUGGACCAAUUUAUUAUACCAUGGCAAACGAUAGUGAUGAAAAGGGAAGAGCACAUGCAGAGGCAGAUUCAUUUUUUAUAUUUACAUUGUUGAUGUCACAUGUUCGUGAUCAUUUUGUUGGAAGCUUGGAUAUGGAUGAUUCGACUGGUAUUGGGCAUACAAUGAAAAAAUUAAAUAGACGAUUAAAAAAUUUUGCGUAUGAUUUAUGGGCUGAUUUAGAAAAAAAAGGAUUACAUCCAACUUACUACUCAUUUCGAUGGAUAACAGUAAUGUUAACACAAGAAUUCACAUUGCCAGAUGUAAUUAGAUUAUGGGAUUCUAUAUUCGCAGAUAGAGAUGUUGAAGAGUCAAAUAAAAAACAAUUACUUGCGGGAACAUUACAAGAUAAUAUAAAAUUAUUGCAGAAUUAUCCAAUACAAGACCCAUUGAUAGUAUUAUCAGAAGCAUAUGUAAUGCGAGAGGAAAGAUUGUUGGCCAAGCUAAAUGGAGAAGAUAUCGACAUCUCAUCAGACACAGAAGCAGAAGAUAACGAAUAUUACGCAUCAUAUGGAGCUAGUGGAAAUGUAUAUUACGAUAAUUACCAAAAUAAAUCACUGUCAAUAUAUAAUAAUAAAAAUCCAAUAACGACAACAACAGCUAUAAAUGCAACAUAUCAACGAGCUCAAGAAGUAAAGCUUAAAGGAUUGGCCAUGUUGAGAAAAGUCAAAGAUGUAAUGAAUGGUGCUAGUGCUAAUGGUAAUAUCAGUAGUAAUGCUAAACAUUCGGAACCAAAUGAUUUGGAUGCAUUAAUGGAACUACAAAAAGAAGGCUUGAUCUGA